UUUUAGUCUAUGAAACUCCGACAUUGCUCGUACUAAUAUUUAUAUAUUUAACAUAAUUUAACUUUUUGAUUUGUGUGUAUUGUGAAUUGUUAGAUUCUACUGCACUGUUGGAGCUAGGAACGCAAGCGUUUCCCUACACCCGCAAUAGCAUCUGCUAAAUAUGUGUGCGACCAAUACAAUUUCAGUUGAAAAGAAGGCCUGCCUAUUCAUCCCGUUAAACAUUCAGCGUUCCUCAAUCUGUAAUCGAGGCUUCCAGCAAGAACUCCGCCCGCCUCUUCCUCGUGUCUGCAGCUGCGUCAGUCAUAUGACAGAGGUUCCUGCUUUCUUAAACAAAGUAUUUUAAAGCGGAAAGGCGGAUGCGCUUUUAAUUUAGGACCAUGAAGCUGAUCAUCCUGAAUGAUUAUGACCAAGUUGGUGAGUGGGCUGCCAAGUACAUCAGGAAUAAAAUCCUUCGCUUUAACCCUGGACCAGACAGAUUCUUCAUUCUAGGACUCCCCACAGGAGGUACUCCUCUGGGAUGCUAUAAGAAGCUGAUUGAGUUUUAUAAGAAAGGAGAGAUCUCUUUCAAGUAUGUCAAAACGUUCAACAUGGACGAGUAUGUGGGUAUUCCUAGGGAUCACCCCGAGAGCUACCAUUCCUUCAUGUGGAAUAAUCUCUUCAAGCACAUUGACAUCAAAUCGGAGAACACCCAUAUUCUGGAUGGCAACGCUGCCAACCUUGUAGAGGAGUGUGAUUCCUUUGAGGAGGAGAUCAAAGCAGCUGGAGGAAUUGACCUCUUUGUUGGAGGUAUUGGACCGGAUGGCCACAUUGCCUUCAACGAGCCAGGCUCCAGUCUAUUGUCCAGGACCAGAGUGAAGACCCUGGCUCAGGACACCAUCCUGGCCAACGCACGCUUCUUUGACGGAGAUCUGUCUAAAGUACCCACCAUGGCUCUGACUGUGGGAGUGGCCACUGUCAUGGACGCCAGAGAGGUCAUGAUUCUCAUCACAGGAGUACACAAAGCGUUUGCCCUGUACAAGGCCAUAGAGGAAGGGGUGAACCACAUGUGGACGGUGUCAGCCUUUCAGCAGCACCCUCAGACUGUGUUUGUGUGUGACGAGGAUGCUACCCUGGAACUGAGGGUUAAAACUGUCAAGUACUUCCAAGGGAUGAUGCAUGUGCACAACAAGUUGGUGGAUCCACUGCCUCCCAAAGAAGGCGAGGGCGUUGCAAAAACAUCGGGAAACCUGCAAUAACCAGGAUGCCGGACCCUCCGGGAUAUGACAGUGGCCACGGGUGGAGGAUCAACUGUGUGUGUUGUACUGUGUUUUACUUAAAGUUACAUUUUAUGUAACAUAAUAGUAUGCCUACUUGUAGUAGGCUACAUUUGACUAUGUAAUACAUUUAUCUUCGAUAAAAAAAAACAGUUUUCUUAGUUCCAUUGUUAAAUUCGAUACAAAACUUGACUUUGAAUGUAUUUUUAAGGUGUUAUUGUAAUAAAAAUAACUCUGAGAAUGA